ACACAGCUAGCUGUGUCAGCCCCAGUGGCCUAAUGGAUAAGGCAUUGGCCUCCUAAGCCAGGGAUUGUGGGUUCGAGUCCCAUCUGGGGUGGGUGAUUUUUGCUUUUAGCCGUGCUGCCUGACGGACGCCUGUGAUCCGCCGGUUGUGUCGGGUCUGCUGCUCCUGGGCUCCUUUUUUGGUCGUCCCCUUCUGGCUCCGGCGGGACCGAAGCGUCCUUUAAACCGGCGACCCCAGAAACCCGCGGGGACGCGCCCGCUGCCCAACUCGGUUUCCCGUCGUAUGAUUCGCCUCUCGGAGGGGUUCCGGUUCUCACGCUCCGUUACCACAGGCCUGCGACGAGGCGUAGGGCGCUGCGUGAGGCGGGCACGGCCCGGCCGCGCCCCUGGACCGCCGGCGCUUGACCAGCGAGGAUUGCGAUGGCGGGUGACCAGCGAGAAGCUGUGCCGGGCCCAGCAGGAGCUGCACUUCCAGGCCGCCACCUACCUGUGCCUGCUCCGCAGCGUCCGGGAGCACGAGGCCCUGCACCGCGAGUACCACGGCAGGGGCGAGCGCUCGCCCCAGGAGGUCGCCGGGCUGGUGGGCUUCAGACUGCCUCAGCAGCCGGGAGGGAAGGGCUGAGACGGGACUGCUGCGUUCAGUGUUUAUCUCUUAAUAAAUAAAUAUCCUAGAGCUACUCGAA